AUGUCUACAGGUGAAAGUGAAGACGUCUAUUCUGAUCUGUAUUCCAUCUUCUCCCAAGUAACGUCCAAUACAGCUAAUGACAUCGAGCAACUCCCAUAUGCUAUAACGUUUAAGACAUCUUUAAUCUUCGUUGGUGCUACUGUUGGUGGGUUACUGUUCGGCUAUGAUACAGGCGUUAUAUCAGGGGUUCUCCUGUCUUUAAAGCCGCAAGAUCUUUCUUUGACGGUCUUAACCGACGUUCAAAAAGAGUUAAUAGCCUCCAGUACAAGUGUCGGAUCAUUUUUCGGUUCCAUGCUGGCGUUUCCCUUAGCAGACAAGUAUGGAAGAAGAAUCACACUCGCGAUUUGUUGUUCGAUCUUCAUCUUGGCUGCAAUUGGGAUGGCUGCUGCAAGAACAUUAUCGUUCCUUAUUUGUGGUAGGCUGCUCGUUGGUAUCGCUGUUGGGGUGUCUGCGCAAUGCGUCCCUUUAUUCUUAAGUGAAAUUUCACCUUCCAAAAUUAGAGGUUUUAUGUUGACUUUGAACAUUAUUGCCAUCACUGGAGGCCAGCUGAUAUCUUACAUAAUCGCCUUUCUCAUCAAAGACAUGGAUCAUUCAUGGAGAUAUUUGUUCGCAUUUUCCGCCAUUCCUGCCAUUUUGUUUAUUUCCAUAUUGGAUUUUAUUCCUGAAUCACCUCGGUGGUCCAUCUCUAAGGGUGAUUUUCUCUAUGCUAGGGACUCUUUGAAAAUGUUAUAUCCGACUGCAUCUACACAUCAUCUUAAUAGCAAGAUCAAGCAAUUGAUUAUUGAACUGGAUAAGCUACGAAUAUAUGAAGAUGCGGGUGAGCCCUUACUUGCGCAAGCCCAAUCACUUGUUCGGUACAUGAAUACGUCAACAUCAGAAACUAUUAGCCCGCCCAAUGUCAAGAGAGUUUCCUCGGCUACUGAUAGAAACAGUAACGCAAUUUCUUCCUCAUCAGCGUUUUUAACAGCAUUACGAAGUCCAAUUUCAAACGGUGCUACAACACCUGCUAAAAAAAAAAAACAUAGGAUGGAACCACGCACAAUAAGAGCCCUGGUUGUAGGUUGUGUAUUGAUGUUUUUCCAACAGGCCACUGGUUUCAACGCUUUCAUGUAUUACGCGGCAAUAAUAUUUUCUAGAUUUAAUAUGAAAAACCCUCUAUUACCUGCAAUUCUAAUUGCUUCGACUAACUUCAUAUUCACCUUUUUUGCAAUGUACACUAUGGACUCCUUGGGCAGAAGAGCUAUUUUAUUGAGGACUAUCUGGAUCAUGACUGUUGGGUUACUUCUUUGCAGUAUUGGCUUCGAUCACGAUAAAGUUAAUUUGCUAUUGGCUUCGGUCGUAAUUUACGUUGCGGCAUAUGCUUCCGCAAUGGGUAGUGUACCAUGGACUUGUGUGGAGUUCCUUCCCUUAAAUAGGAGAUCUUUUGGUGCCUCUUGUAUAGCGUGCACAAAUUGGCUGACCAACGCGCUAGUUUCGAUGACAUAUCUGAGCGCUAUUGACGCAAUUGGUAAUGAACAUACUAUGCUAAUCUUUGCAUUUUUCACGGUUUGUGCUUGGUUUUUUGUCUACUUUUGGUAUCCGGAAGUCAAAGGUUUGUCAUUAGAAGAGGUUGGGAAGGUCUUUGAUGACGGAAUUGACGUGCAUUAUGUUUUUCGUACUUACCAUUAA